CUCCACCACUAUCGAUUCUCUCUCAGUUGGCCAAGAAUCUUACCAACUGGCUAUUCUCACAUUGUCAGCAAAGACGGUCUCAAGUACUACCACGAUUUAUUGGAUGAGCUCGAAAAAAAUCAACUAUCCCCGUUUGUAACGAUCUAUCAUUGGGAUCAUCCGGAGGCUUUACAAAAAUUGGGUGGCUGGAUGAACGAGUUGAUGGUCGAUCUUUUCGGUGAUUAUGCCAGAGUCGUAUUUCGGCAAUUUGGAAGCAAAGUAAAAUUUUUUACCACGAUCAACGAGCCCCACGCUAUCUGCAGGGAUGGCUACAAAACGGGUAGCCAAGCUCCAGGUUACAGACUUGGCGCGACUGCAGAAUAUAUCUGUGGUCACAACAUUUUAAAAGCUCACGCACGUGCUUAUCACAUAUACAACGAUGAAUUUCGAGCCGAGCAAGGGGGCAAAGUGGGAAUAGCCAUACCGUGUCAGUAUUACUUUGUCAAAAGCGAGAAAGAUAUGGAUGCGCGAGAACGAGCUUUUCAAUUCAAUUGUGGUAGAUUUUCCCAUCCAAUAUUUUCUGGCAAGGGUGACUAUCCGGACAUAGUCAAGCAAAAAGUUGCGGAAAAGAGCAAAAUUGAGGGACGAAACCGAUCAAAGUUGCCUGUUUUUUCGGAGGAAUGGAUUCAAUACAUAAA